AUGGAUUCCUUUGACAUGACCUUCAACCCUAAUAUGCCGACCACUAAUGCUAAGGGUGUCCUUGAUGCGACUUUCGAGCACUUUGCAACGUCUCUUCUUCCACUUUAUUCAGAUCCUCUGGUCACAAUCCGCAUCGCAAGCCACGAAUAUAAGCUUCCGAAAGCCCUCCUCUGCAAGCAAUCUCCAUAUUUCGCAGCCACUUUUAAUGGGUCCUUCAGGGAAGGGGAAAAACAGUCAACAAACUUGGAAGAGAUAGAUGGCGUGGUUUCAAUUCGAAGCUUCCAAAUGCUUGUCCAGUGGAUUUGCCUUGGCCGGGUCGUGUUCGGAGAGUCUGCGCCAGAGGAAGCUAUUACAACGGCAAUCGAACUAACUAGAUUGGCGGACAUGUGCGGCAUUAUUGGCAUGGAAUUUGUGAUAGCUGGGCAUAUCAAGGCUAUCAUUAUAGCGAAUCCAGCUCCAAGGGACGGUAAAUUCGAAAAGUGGAGAUCCCCAGACACGAACACGUUUUGCCUCAUGCCCAACACAUCAUUUCAGCAGUACAUCUACCAGAAGGACAUCCAGUGCGCGGUGUUUUAG